AUGGACGCGCCCCAAGUCAAGCUGUCAGAGUUGCUUCGUCACCCUGACGACCUCGAUAAGAUUCUCAGUCUCAAGCAGGAGUUCACACGCAAGAAAGAUGCCGUCGACAGUCAGCUGCGAUCCGGCCUGCGCGAGCAGCUCGAAACGACGCAGGGCGGGAUGAACGGUCUCUCUGAAGGCCAGAAAACGGUGCAACAAAUCAAGGAUGAGAUGGUCAAGAUUGACAAGCUGUGCUCCGAGAGCCAGAACAUGAUCAAGGACUUUGCCACCAUCAAUCUGGUAUCGCAGGCCCAUCGCAAUUUCGGCGCUGUCGAGGCCAUGCGCAACAAUCUCGAGACAUUUAACGAACGUCUUAAUGCCGUCGAGCUCAUGCUCAAGGAGGACGAAGAGGACCAGCAGGGGAUGCCAAGGCUGCUUUCCAUUCACUACGAACUCACCCAGCUACGCAACAUCCGAGACGACGCCAUCGAGCAAAUAUCGCGCGCUGACGACCCAAGUCUGCAGUCGACACUCGAGGACUAUUUCGAGCGUCUGGACAGCACCAUCGAUUGGUUUGAUGAGCAUGUCGGCAUGGUCUCGAUGAACCUCAUCCAGCUUGUCCAGUCUGAGAAUAACAGCCUGGUCGUGCGCUUCGCCCUAAUCAUAGAAGCAGAGGAGAAGAGUGAUCAGCGAGUGCUGGCACUCCAAGACGCAUUGAAGGAUCACAAGGAGAUGGCUGCGCGUUUUCAAAGCAUUACGGAUGGCGCCAAGACGGUCCGCGGUUACAAGGACAAGUUUUUGCAAGCCAUCCGUGCCUAUGCCAACGAACAAUUCAAAAUGAGCCGCGAGGAGGUUCUCGAUGACCCAUCAACAUUGGAUAAGACCUUGCGUUGGUUUUUCAACGACCUCAAAGCAGUCCAGAUGGGCAUGGUUCCCUUGAUGCCUAAAAAGUGGAAGAUAUUCAAAACAUAUGGCACCAUAUACCACGAGCUUAUGCACGAUUUUCUGAUAGGUUUAGUCGAUGAUCCAGAGAGCAGCUCAAGUACCACUCUUGAAAUCGUCGGCUGGCCUGAAAAAUACUACAAGCGAAUGAACAAGCUCGGCUUCAAGCAAGAUGAGCUGAGUCCUCACGUGCUUGAUAACCGUGAAGCUGAGCUGGUUCGUGACUUCAGGCAGCUAAUUAUCAAGUUUCUGGACGAAUGGAUCGAACGCAUAUUCACCCAGGAACGCAAAGAGUUUUCGGAGCGGGCAUCAGCCGAGAACGGAAACCUGGAUGCAGAUGAGUUUGGAUACUUCCGCACCAAGACUCUUAUCGACAUGUGGAAGAUGAUGCGAGAGCAGCUUGAUGCGGCCGCCAACUCGAAACGUGCGGAUGUUGCUGAGGGCGUUGUCGAUGCCAUGUUCCUCCGUCUGCGCGCUCGUCAACAGUCGUGGCAAAAGAUGCUCGAGGAGGAGGCUCAAGUGUAUGAGUCCGGCAAGCAGCCUGAGCUGGAGGGUUUCCAGGCUUUGCAGGAUUGGCUAGUGGCUACAGCGAACGACCAAAUUGCAUGCAUUGACGACAACGAGGACGAAGGUCGCAUGGGUUAUCUGACCAGCUUCCGGCAGAAGUUCGAACCCAUCGUCUCACAGCCGUACAUGGAGCGCGCCGACACCGAGAUUGAGGCCUUGCGUGAUGGCUACGUGGACUUUAGCACAUGGUGCUUGACCAAGUUCAUCCAUAUGAUUUUUGUUAUCGACUUCAAGCCCGUCCUUGCCGACUUCUUCACACCGAAAUGGUACACAUCAACAGCCAUGCGGCAGAUGAUUGUCACAUUCGAGGAAUACGUAGGCGACUAUCGCCAGGUGCUGCACCACUCCCUAGUAGACAUCUUCAUCGAGCUGUUUGCAGACGAGCUCCUCGCACGCUACCUGGGCUGCGUACGGAACAAAGGCGCAAAGUUCAAGCGGUCUGAUCAGUUCCAGGAGAAGAUUUUUAACGACGUGCAGACUGUUUUUGAAUUCUUUGACGAGAUUUCGAUGCAGAACGGGUCCGACAUUGGCCUGCAGCUGAAAGAAAGUUGGAAAGUCAUACAACUUUUUGAGGGCCUGCUCAGCAGCCCCAAGGAGCAAGUUCCCGAUAUCUUUGAGCGCUUCAAGACGCAGUAUUGGGAUCUGCAGAUCACCUGGGUCGAGGCAGUCCUCAGAUCUCGUGACGACUUUGAGCGCGCUACCCUCAAUGCCGUGAAGGCUCGUGCUGCGCAAAUCUACGUCGAAAGGGGCCCCGAGACUAUUAUGAGUAGAGUAAAGUGA